AAUUCCCUGCGGUUUUUCCCCUCACAGUGAGGGGAGUAAAAUGGCGGAUUAGGAUGGGAUGGGCCUCUUAUUGUGUUCUUAAUAGGAAAAAAAUGUUUCGGGUUUUAAUUUUGUGUUUUAGAGGUUACUGAAAUAAGUUUUAAUAGCUUUAAAGACCUCGCGGCUGUGAGGAAGCGCCUGCUGAUAAAACUCUGCCCGGGGAAGUCCCGGGAUCGACGCUGCUCAGAUGGAGUGGAAGAAGAAGAGGAGGACCUUACGGCUGAUAAAAGGACAAUUGGUCUGAGCGGUUACCACGGAAACGGACAGACCAUAUGACGAGCCUGAUUGGCCGCAGGCUGCUGUUUAUCCCACACUACGUUGCUUAUGUCUCAGCUGUGCUCUCAACGCCGGCUCACUGAUCAUCUCUUUGAUGUCAAGCCUACGUCAGCGGUGAGAGUAAACGAGCCUUUGCUGCUGAAAGAAGAGCGGGCUACACAUUUGACGGCGAGCUCCUUCCUGCAUCCUUCAGGGUAGAGAAGUGGUUUAUACACCGCUCCGUCGGACCGCGGCACAGAUGCCCAGACCGUCUGCUCUCUGCACCUCUCAGAGGGCGGCUGAGACUGCUAAAAGCCCUCUCCCUUCUUCUCCCUCCACAUCUCCAUCCUCACCUUCAUCUGCUCCUUCUUCCCCCUCCUCUCCCUGCUCAACCUCUCCCGGAAGAAUGGGAACGGGAUAUCGCGAGGACGAGGACGGCGGCCAUGCUGGAAACAACCGGGUCGGAAAAGCAGGAGGGGACGGCGUGUCGUCGACCUCAUCAUCCUUGGCGCCGUCUUUGCUCUCUGGACCUCCUUCGUCUUCUUUACGUCGUCUGUCCUCAUCACCCCGUCUUUACGACGAUGGCCAGAGGGAGGGCGUGGACAUGGAGAUAUACGACCCCUUCCAACCCACAGAGGGCGAGGGCGUACCAGGCAUAGCGACCGGAGACGAAGGAGACAAGUACGACCCCUUUGAACCCACCGGAUCACCGGCAUCAGAGAAAGAGAUGGAUGGGGAGCAAGACGGAGAGGAAGAAAGCUCGAUCAACAGCAUACGAAUAGCAUGCGACACAAAGGACGCUAAAGAAGUGGAGCUGGAGACAGCUCCCGAGGCAGAGGGUCCACCUCCAGACUCGACAGAGACGGUAGAGCGACUGGACAGGAUCAAACACACGAGACAGCGAGGAAAAGACCGAAGAGAAGAGGAUGACUCGGAGCACUCAGAAAUAGAAGAAGGAGAGAUUGUGGGUGUCGCUGAGAGCAGAAGGGAAAGAGAGAUUGAGAUAAGAAGAGAGGUGCUGCUUCCCUCCUCGGGGAGUCCUUCAUUCUUGCAGGGAGGAGCUCUCAAACCUGAGAGGAUCUUGCGAGUUCUGGACGGCGAAGGAUUCGUAUCGGUUCGAGCGGAGGGUGAAUGGGACCACCAGCCGGCGCCCCCUAUUGGCAUGGGAGACCUGAGAAGGAAACUCACCAACAGGCGAAAACAGAGAUUCAGAUCUUGCCCUUCUUCAGCAUCCAUAUCGCCCCCUCCUGCAUCCGUCCUACCCAUACCAUCUCCCUCCCCGCCGGCGUCCCAACCCCAGACCACGGAGAAGGUAAGGAGUCGCAGAUCUUCUAAAAGCUCCAAGGAGAGGGACCGGCGCAAGCUGAAAAGCCAGGAAAAAGAGAAGCGAAAGAAGAGGAAAGAUGAAAAGGGGGAAUCGGAAAGAGCGAGUGGAGAGAACAAGGAGAGGGAUCACGAAAGGAGGAGCAGAAGAGAAGGGAAAGAGAAGGACAGAAGGAGGAGCAGCAGAAGUUAUAGCCAAACAAGGAAGAGCACGCAUCAGAGCACUCCUGAGCCGGCGUCACACUCCCAUAAUACCUCUCGGCACACACACAGCCGCAGGUCCUGUUCCAGCCCCUCGGAAGGCCAUCACAGAGGGAGGGACCGUGACCGGGAUCGGGACAGAGACCGGGAAAGGGAUCGAUACCGAGACAGGAGGAGAGAUAACCGGGAAAGAGAGAGAGAUAAAGACUCCAGAAUGAGAGAAGGAAGGAAGAGAGAUCGGGAUGAAGGAAGCAGGAAGUCUAGUAGCCGAGAGAGGGGAGAUGCAAAAAGGAGAAGAGAAAGCAGUGAUAGAAGAGACAGGGAGAAAGAACGAGGGCGGGAAAGAGAGCGGGACAGGAGAAGAGAUGGUCGGCCUGUCGUACCUCCGUCUAUUCAGGACCUGAACGGCUCGGACCUUUUCGCAAUCAAACGCACCAUCACUGUUACCACUACACCCACCACUACCUUGAUCCCUACAUCUCCUUCCCACACCCAGGAUCGGGCCCGGAGUCCCGCACAAGGCUCAGACAAACCCCGCAAGCGCAAGAGGAAACGGAGGAGACGCUCCGAUGAUGAGGAGGAGCACAGGAGCAGAUCUCGUCCCACCUCUUUAAGCCCUCUUCGAUACCACGGCUUUGAAUCGGACCGGCUCUCGGACCACCCCGAGCCAGACAUGCUUUCUCUGGAUGGAGAGGCGCUGGACUCGGAUUACCCUUCACUGGAGGACUCCCCUCUGCUCCCUCCUCCCCCUGAGCCUCCUCUGCCAAGUCCCAAACUCAAAUCCACGGCUCCCAAAAGUAGCCGGCACCAUCAGAAGAAGAAAUCCAGAUCUAGGAGCAAAAAACUGGGCCAGUCUGAGUCGUCCACUUCCUCCUCUUCUCACAGACCCAAAGCGAGCAAAAGUAAAAGCCUUUUGCCCUCACUGUCCUCGCCUCUUUCUGCAUCCUCUGGCAACACUGCUUCCCUUCCUCUCACUGCUUCUUCGUCCUCUGCCAAAAGAGUACGGAAGACCGGGAAAGAUAAACCAAGCAAGAAGGAAUCGGGUCGCUCAGGAAGAUCCAAGAAGCUUGGUGGAAGCAGCAGGAAGGGUAAACUACAGUCUAAAGUCUCAGUGCUGGUCCGGGAGGGAGUAAGCAGCACCACGGGAAACUCUGGUAAACUGGGUAUUGAUCUCCUAGGACCCAGUGGAACGACGGGACCCUCAGUGGUGGGCGGGUCUAUAGCUGUGGUUUUCCGUCGGGACAACGAAAGCCGGUCUCCGUUCCUGAAGCCCUGCUCAGAACCACUUUCCUUGCCUGGCAGAGUCAAAGAUUUGAACAAGACUGGCAAGCAGCGGAACACCCUUCCUUCCCUGUCCUCAACGAACCCGACGGGACUCAAGUCAAAGAAAGCCAAGCCAAGCUCCACCACCUCCACGUCGUCAUCCGCGUCCUCGCCCACAUCAUCCUCAGCAGCAAAGCGCAGACGAAGGCCAGGAAAGAAACCCCGGGAGAAGGGUCUCGCAGUUGACGGCCCCAACGCCAAAAGUGCCAACAGCAGCGCUUUAGGAUCUGGUUGGACUGGAGCUUCAGAUAUUCAGCCUUUGAGCGGAAUUGGUCCUAAACCAUCAAGUCCGCCCUCCACACAUCCUGGGCCCACACCUUCAUCCUCAUCUUCAUCAUCGUCUUCUUCCUCAUCUACCAGUGUUCUUCCCCCAUCUUCCUCGCCCCCUCACACUCCUCCGUUGUCUUUACCGCCUUCUCGAGACACUAGAGAAUCUUCUCCAGACUCUCAGACUGUAGACAGCAGCUGCAAGACCCCUGAACCUUCUUUCCUUUCAGAAGAGUGCCCUGCUCAGUCCCAAGCCACCCUGCUUGUGCCUGCAAAGUCACCGCCUAGCCCACCACCCUCAAGAGGAGAUGGAAUUUCACAGUCUGUCUCCAAGCUUCUCCCACUGGAUGACCAGAAGACGUCACCACCCUGCUCCACUUCUUCGUCAACGUUGGCCGCAACUUCUCUCGCUCAUUCCAUUCCUCCUCUGGCUGCCGAACCUUCCUCGUCCUCCUCAGCCUCAGUGUCUUCAUCAACAGUCAGUAAGCCUCCGCCCCCACCGCCCCCACCUUCUGCCGUGCCACCUUUGCCCUGGAGCCUUCAGACAGGCGUAGACUGCACUGCUGGAGGCGUACUAGCACUGACUGCGCUCCUGUUUAAGAUGGAGGAAGCCAACAUCGCCAGUCGAGCCAAAGCGCAGGAGUUCAUUCAGGCCACAAGCCAGAUUCUCUCUCAGGCCAACCAGAACCAGGCGCAGUCGCAUUCUACAUCUUCAUCCUCCGCCUCGCAAGUUCCUCCUCCUCCUCCGUCACAUGCCCCGCCCCCGGGCCCAACUCCCACCCAGUUCAUUCUCCAUGGCUCCCUCCCAUUGGUCGGCUGCACCAAAACCCCGCCUUCACACCUACACCCUGGACUUUCAUUGGGUGGUGGAUGUGCUCAGACUCCGCCUCCUCCGUUGCCCACAGGGCUGUCCGGGGCAGCAGGGGGCGCCAGUGAGACGGGCUGGGAGGGAGACAGUAAAGACCCUGACAAGUAUUUGAAGAAGCUGCACACCCAGGAGAGGGCGGUAGAGGAAGUGAAGUUGGCCAUUAAACCGUAUUACCAGCGUAAAGACAUCAACAAAGAAGAGUACAAGGACAUCCUGAGGAAAGCUGUGCACAAGAUCUGUCACAGCAGGACAGGUGAGAUCAACCCGGUGAAGGUGAGUAACCUGGUCAAACUCUACGUGCAGAGGUACAAGUAUUUCAGGAAGCACGGCCGCAAAAUGGACGACGAGGACAAGGAAGAGCGAGACUCCGCCUCCCUGCACGGCUCCACGUGAUUGGACGUCGGGACCGCUUUGUUCUGACGGACCCUUGGCGAGAGUUUGUGAUUCUCCGCCGCUGUGCUACGUGCUCUUAAUGUAAAGUCCUGAACUCCGCCUCCACACCAUGCCACGCCCCUUUCCCCUGUGUUUAAUAUAAUGUGGGAUUAAAGACGAGCGCACACUUCAGAGGAGAGAUAAAGAACACUUUUUUGUACUCUGUUAGGUUUGUCAUGAUUCAGAACACUACAUGGAUGUGCUUUCUCUCUUUCUCUGAAUGAAGAAUGUUCAAAUAUUCACCAGAAAUAAUUACAGACUCCUCCCUUUCGGUGAUCAGAGGUAGACGAGUGCAUGUUUGAUUUUUUUUUUUUUUAAUUUUUUUAUAACGCAUUUGUUUUGAAUUGCGGUCCUUCACAUUGUAUGAUGUUCUUCGUAGCACAAAGUGAUGGAUGUGGAGAAAACGGACUCUCUCGGUGACUGUGCUUCGACGCCAUCUCCUCAUCUCAGACUCUACAGGCGCGUUAGCAGGUUCUCAGACUCGUGCUUGUAGACGUGCAUGUGCUUUAGACUUUAUUUGUACUUCAGGAGGACGAUGUGAUGAAUCAGAGGUAUGAAAGCGAAGCCGUCGCUCCAUCACGAGCGCCGUGUCCUGCGUUUCGUCUCUGCACGACGCAGACGGCGUCUCACGAGCCGGGCUUCGGGACGGAACGAUCAGCGGACGAUAAACUCAACAAGAACAAGGAGACGACAUCGCUGCGGUGCCUGAUGAAGCGGCGAGGAACCUUCCGUCUGAAAUAAAUAAUGUGUUAGUAGAUCUUUACUGGCAAUAUAUAAACAAAAAGUCAGCGCAACAUCUCAAAAAAAAAAAAAAAAAAAAAAAAAACACAAAGAACUUCUAGAACCUAUAAAAGUCCCCAAAAAGGAUGAAUUGGGAAAUGGUUCCACUUUUCCUACACCGUGUAUAAAACUGCCGCGAAUGUAGUUCAUGUUAAAUCUGAAACUUUAGCUGAGUUUUUGUUUUACGAUAAAUGUUUAUUCUACAUGAAUGGGAGAGAAGUGGGGAGGAGGCAGCUGGGGGAGUUGUGAGAAAAUAAAUUAUUAAACCUUUAACGAAAGGUGAAUGACGAGUGGUUGUGUUACUGAUAAAGUAUUUGAAAUGUUUUUGGUUUUUUUUGUAAAAAUUGCGUGUGAAGUAAAAAUGAAAUUGACGCAAGUAAACAAAAAAACAUUCAGAGAUUUGGGUAAAAACUGCAGAUUUGAUCAAACACAAGUCACUUUUAUCAUCAAUCCUCACGUCCUGUCGUUUAUCAUUAAUUCCACAAAACUGUCAUGAACCUGCAGGAAGUAAUAAAUAUAUAUUUUAAUUAAAAAUAAAGGCAGUUUAAAUGAAAUGAAUUCAGUUUGACGCUACACUAAUAAAGGGCUCCUGAGGUUUUUUAGAUGGUUAACAAUUGUAGUUAUUUAACUGCGUUCUUCUUAAAACUUUUCUUUUUAUACAUUUUUUAUACGUUCUAUUUGCCCAUUUGUUUGUUUUUGUUAUUCAUUUGCUUCAUUUUUCAUUCUUUUUUGUUUGUUUGUCCUUUGUUUAGUUGUUCAUUUGUUUGUCCAGUCUUUCAUUUGUCCAACUGUUCAUUUGUUUUUGUUCAUUUUCCUGUUUUUUUUUAUUUGUAUGUUCGUUUGUUCAUUGCUUUAUUUGUUUGUACGUCUGUUUUGUCCAGGCAUUCAUUUGUUUGUUUGUUUGUUUGAUUGAUUCUUCCUUCCUUUGUUUGUUUGUUUGUUUGUUUGUUUGUUUGUUUGUUUAUGGGAUCCAGCCCUCUAAAGGGGAUCUGUUUGGGACCGUGUGUGAAAGAACGCUCCUGUGUUAUCACAAACGUUACAUUAAGCAAGUGAUAAACAAAGCAAUAAGUAAUAAAAUAAUUUAAAUUAAAACUUGCUAGAUUAAAUGAAUAAACAAUCGUAAUAAAACAUCUAUAACAAUAACGAAAGCAACAGGGACAUGAGAGGAUAUUUAUUACUCACAUUAACGAACAUUAAACACGGUGAUAAACGCGACUCGGAGUUUAUAAACGCUGCAGUUUUAAUCACAGCCUUUAAGUUAUAUUUUAAAUUCACUUGUGUUUUAAUCAGCAUCGUUUCUUUACCUCACAUGCAUGUUUAUCGAGUCAGUUUAAACUGUUUGUAGCGAUGUAGUUUGUUGUGUUUUGCUCCUCCGGCUGUAGCGCUGAUGACGUCGGAGCGUCUGUGUGUCGUACACAUUUACAUCAGCUACUGAGGUUUACUUCAUCCCUGUGUCUUAAAGCAGCAGUAAGGAACUUUCCGUUAAGCCUCAGGUGCAGUAUCAGGUUCUGUUCCCAGCAGGAGCUCCGGUACUCUGAGCCUCCGGUACUGUGGGAAAGAGGUUCCUCUUCCUGCUCCUGGAGAAACGCUGCUCUUUAUACUUGAGCGUGUUCACUGCUCUUACUCUGUGUUCACGCUCAGGUGAUCGCUCAUUUUCUACGUAUGUGCGAGACACGGAGCUGCGAUUUCUGAGAUAUAUAAAUUAGGACUUUGUCACUUCUACACUCCUGGGCAAAAAAAAAUGGUCCAAGCCCAAAAUGACAAAAUAUGAAGCUUUUAAUGAUCUUAAGAACAAAUUAUUGUUCAGGAAAUGAGCAGGAAUAAAUAAAUAGCUAAAGGAGCUCAGUAUGCGAGAGCUUUUCCCUUUGAGUUCUUUACACGUUUAAGCCUCGUGGCUCUCGAUGGCCAAAUAAUCACUAAUCUUUCUGAAAAAAAAACAUCCCAGAAGAUAUUUUUGGAAAAGUUUGUACACCCAGAUGUGUGUAAGUUUACAUUUUACAUCAAAUAUUUUAAUCAUUAUCAUGAUUUUGCGUACCAGAAGACUGUAGAAGUGAAUUUCUCUGUUUCUAGCUUUUCCCCGAACAGUGAAAGGAAACCAGUGAGUGGAGGCUCAGGAGCUCUCAGGAGCAUCUGCUUCAUUCUGCUCAUUUCCUCAACAAUCAUUUGCUCUUAAGAUCAUUAAACGCUUCACAUUUUGCCAGUUUGGGGCUCGGCUCAUUUACUCUGCCCAGGAGUGUGUGUUGUGUAAAUUGUGUAUGACGCUCUAAAGCGACGCUUCCACACGAUUGUCUCGAGUGAUUCCUCGGACCAGUCGUAUGGCGCGUGCCGUCCGAAGCUUCUUCAGUUUCCUGCUCGGAGAUCGAUGGUGCUGAUAUGGAUGUGUUUUUGAAAACGUGUCUUUUUAAAACGCUGUAGUCCCGGACACACACACAUCCAUUUUUACUGAGAAAUACAUCACAAAAUGCAGACGGAAAAUAUGUUUGAAUUUCAUUAAUGAGGAACUAAAGGUGAUGAUGCACUUUUUGUUUGUUUUUAAUGAGAUUUUGUGUUGUCGCUAUGUGCUGUUUAUUAUUUAAGCUGAAACUGUGCAGUGUUUAAAAAGUGCACUGGAUAAAAACAUGAGGGAGGAACACAGUGAGUUGCUGCAGCAGUGCGUCAUUAACACGGCUGUAUAUUAACACUGAAAUGGAUGUGUGUAUGCAGCACACGCUGGUCCAGUUCCUCUGCUUCUCUUACAGCUGUGAUUUCUGGGCUUUAUACAGGUUUCUGAAUAUGAAAACAGAAAGGCGCCAGGAUGAGUGAGAACCUUUAUUUAUUUUUUUUCCCUUCCUGACUGUAGUGAGCACGGCACUCCUGAAUCCUGCGCGACUGGUCAUACGGGUCUGAGUCAAACAAAACGCCCACAACAACUCGAACAAAGCUCAGACAAAACAGCGAAGGACUUGGCUGAGUGUGGAAAUGAUUCAGGGCCCAAAUCACUGAGUCUUCCUGAUUUUAUCUGGAUGGAUUCCUGAAGCAUUAAAAUGACAUAAAAAAAUAAUAAUAAAUACGAGCUGUUCAUCAUGUGACUCUGACAAACGUGCUGUAAAUGUAGAUUUACUGUCAGUUUACGCUGGAUGAAAGUCAGGUACUGCAGAGUGUAGGCGUAGGAGGAAAAUAAAAUAUACACGUGUAUGUGGUCCAGUGUGUGCACCAUAAAUA